AUGGCAUCUUACAAUUUAUUAGACCAGGCCGAGGAAGAUGCACUGCACAAAUCUCGUCUUCUGAACGUCGAAGAAAAGCCUUUUAAACGCAUCACGAAACGUCUCCUCACUCCAGGCUCCCUCACAUCCUCAUUGACGACCAUUCUUCCGACUCCUCCGCCGGAUAAUGCAGACGACGAUGCUGCGACAGCGCUCGAAGCUGAGCGACAGAAGAAGCUCGAAGAAUGGCGCCAAUUCCGCGAAGACGUAACGCUCGACUUUGCAGCGUUCGAAGGCAGCAUCGCUCGCAUCCAGUUCCUGCUUACGAGUAACGAAAAGGAACGUGAGCGUUAUGCCGCCCAGAAACUUCGCAUUCAGUCCACUGCUCAAUCCGUGAGCGACAACAUAACAGAGCUGCGGACUCAGCUGGAGGAAGCCCAAAGGACCCUGGCACUACGGAAAACGUACGACGAGCUAGCCGAGAAAAUCACAAGCAACAGACUUCUGAAACCACGGGAGGAUCAAGAGAACAAUCUACAGAAACUACAAGCCGAAAUCACAGAGCUAGAGAAGGAGAGCAAGGAAUACGCGAAGACAUGGUCGGAACGGAGAGAACAAUUUGGCCGUAUCGUGGAAGAAGGCAUGCAGCUGCGACGCUUGAUUAGAGACGAGAAGGAGGAGGUCGAGCGCAGAGAGGGCAUGCAGGAGGGUGAAGACGGCGACGAAGGCGAUGUUCCUUCCAAAGACAAGACCAGUGGUUCGAAUACACCGCGACCUGAAAAUAUAUCACUGCAGUCUUCCCGGGAUGAACAUGGUACAUCUGGACUACAAGUAGACAGGUCACAUGACGGAACGGCAAGGGCAUCUCCAUUGCGUCAAACUACGAAUAUGGAGCAGGAUACCAACAUGGUGGAUGAAGGAGAGGUGACUGGUGACGAAGGGACUGAAAAGGCCAACGAUCUGGAAGAAGGCGAAGAAGUGUCUGAUGGCCGCGUAGGCGAUAAGAUGGACACUACAUGA